CUGCAGUCUACCAGUAUCCAGAUGGACGCGCCCACAAAGCCAUCGCCCCCGGACGUCGUUUAUUUCGGGGUCUUCAACGACCGGGACGGGCCUAUUCAUGUGUUCCGGUGCGAGAGCUACACCCUAACCAUCCAAACGAGAUCUUUCCUGGGUCAGUUGGGUCAAAAUAGCGAGCGGCGCCAGGAGUACAGGGAUAACACCGCUUUCGAUGUCGAGAUCAUCCAGACGAUGCUUGGGAGCAUCGAGUGGGGGCGGACGAAUUACGCGUACCUGGUGCGCGAGAGCAGCGGCAGCUACCGGCUUAUGUACAGGAACAAGGUCCCCAGACCGCUCACUUGCCAUCUCUGGGCACCGACGGUGGACAUUAAAGAGAUUGAUGUCACCCGCUGGCUCGAUCAGCGAAUAUAUCGGGAAGGAAUAUGGCGCGGGCGGGAAGUUAACCUCAAGAUCAUGGACUCACCUGAGUCAUGGGUGGCCGACAUGGUCUCCAGCGAAAUCGACGGCGCACGAACACUUACGGCCCUGGGGUACUCAUUCGAAGUCCUUGGCAUUGUUACAAGCAACGGUGGGGUCGUUGGCAUCAUGUACGAGAUCCCAGUGGGACGCGUGGUGCAGUACCACGACCGCGCAGCCCUCUACGAUGCCUUCGCCGACUUGCAGAAGCAUCGUGUCGUCUACCGAGGUAUUACUACCACGAACGUUAUCAUCACGGAUAAAGGUGUUCGUUUACUGGACGCCUCAACCGUUCUAGUAUUCGGAGAAGACGAAGACGAAGAUUUGGAAAGGUAUGGGGAGACAUGGCAUUGGGAGAGAUUGGCGAAGCUCUUCGAAGAGUACAAGCAGCGCCCUAACGUCAUGCCCCUCGCUCGCGAAGUCAACGCGUACAAGAUGGUUAUCCCUCGACUACCGUCUUUAUACCGCGAGCUCAUUCUCGACCCGGAGAUCAUCGUCGUCGCGAUGCUGGAAUAUCGCUUCAAGAAGCAACUCGAUCCUGCGAGGUAUUCGCAGCGGCAGUGGCAGGUUGCUCUUCGAAUGGCGAUGAAGAAGGUCGACGGUCGGUUGGCCUCUUCGUCCUGGGACAUCCAGCCCAGCUUCGUCGGCUCGGAAUCUUCCCGCACGUUGUCCGAUACGUCGGGUGAUGUCUAUUCUGCUCUUGACAAGCCGCGAACUGUCAAUCGUUCUAUUCCUCGACUCCGUGUUACCGCUGAGGUCGCCUUCCAUCCAUACAGCCGAUCAAAGGCGCGCCCAAUUAGGCGCAUCCUUGCCCCCGACCUGUCCUAGAAUUGCGAUGAGGUAGCUUCAGGGACUUUCGUCAAUAACGUCCAGUGGUACCGGCUCUCAGCUAGACUAGAGCCCUCGCAAUGCCUGUCGCAGGACUCUGCAUAUCUGAUAUCGCGGCCAGCCCUGCAAGAGGUCCUGCUUGCUCUUGCACCGAUCACUUUUAUUACAACAUACCCCUGAUGGGCCAUGUUCUCGCGUUGCUGUAUUCUGAUCGCUCUGUGUCGUUGUUGCUCUGCGCUUGCUUUCGUUCCAUCAUGUUUUGUAUUAUUAAUGGAUGUAUUUGAUGUGGGGUAAGGAUGUACCUCCCUCCAUGUCCAACCCAGUCGUCUCUAUUCCUUAGAUGAUAAAGAUUUGGGGGUAGGUAGUCG